CUUUGCAGGAAAUUAUUAAAGGGUCUGUUCAUUCACAUGGCUCAAGGCUCACAUCCUCCACGCCAUAUUGCUUUAUCAACCCAUUGUAUAUCUUCCUAGGAAUCAGAGAGGGAUAUAUUUCUGACAGAGCGAGUCGUGUGCUCCUGUUUGUUACUGACGUCAUGCAGGCCUUUAAGGUCUGUUGUUGGACCUUGAAGAUAUGGAUGAUCCAGCUGGCCUUGGUUCUCAGUAUUCAAGCUCAGGACUGCUCCAGACCAACAGGAGGGCCCAACAUGGUUUUGUCUGAUUCCUUCAUUAAUCGAGAUACAUUUACGAAUGGCGAACAAGUGUCUUUUGUGUGUUCCACUGGAUUUGUCUCUGCAGGAGGGUCUAGAUCGAUCACCUGUACAGAUGGCGUGUGGAGUGAAGUGAAAAUGAAAUGCAAAAUAAGGUCGUGUGGCUCCCCAGGAGAAAUUCUGAACGGGCAUUUUGAAUUUCCUGACGGGAUUGAAUUUGGUGCCACAGUUCAUACCAAAUGUGACGUUGGCUAUAUUCUUGUGGGCAGCGGUGUAAGGACCUGUAUGUCCCAAGGCUGGAGUGGCAGAGUUCCUAUAUGUGAAGCGGUGAUGUGUGGACCGCCCCCAGACAUUCUCAACGGUGGACUGGUAACCCCACCAGGAGAAGAGUACAAAUUUGGAGACGUCGUGGUAUAUACUUGUCAAAAGGAAUUCACAAUGAAUGGAACUUCAUCUAUACGCUGCUCUGAAAAUGGAGAAUUCCAGCCAUCUCCUCCUACCUGCAUAAGCAGAACUUGGGACCCAGCAGCAGCCCCACCUGGUUUUUCAGCUCAGAACUGCUCAAGACCAAAAGGCGGGCCCAGCCUGAUUUUGUCAGAUUCCUUCAUUUAUCAAGAUACAUUUACACAUGGAGCAUCAGUGUAUUUUGUGUGUUCCACUGGAUAUGUCGGUGCAGGAGGGUCUAGAUGGAUCACUUGUACUGAUGGCGUGUGGAGUGAAGUGAAACUGAAAUGCAAAAUAAGGUCGUGUGGCUCCCCAGGAGAAAUUCUGAACGGGCAUUUUGAAUUUCCUGACGGGAUUGAAUUUGGUGCCAUAGUUCAUACCAAAUGUGACGUUGGCUAUAACCUUGUGGGCAGUGGUAAUAGGACCUGUAAGUCCCAAGGCUGGAGUGGCAGAGUUCCUAUAUGUGAAGUGGUGAUGUGUGGACCGCCCCCAAAAAUUCUCAACGGUGGACCGGUAACCCCACCAGAAGAAGAGUACAAAUAUGGAGACGUCGUGGUAUAUACUUGUCAAAAGGAAUUCACAAUGAAUGGAAGUUCAUCUAUAAGCUGCUCUGAGAAUGGAGAAUUCCAGCCAUCUCCUCCUACCUGCAUAGAGGUCUCAUGUCCUACUCCAGUUGUUGAGAAUGGUUUCCGGGUUGAAGGGGGCUCACCACCCUACAAACACCGGUCCUAUGUCAAGUAUAGCUGCAACUCUGGAUACAAGAUGAACGGACAGGCCUCUCUGACAUGUGAAAUGAAUGGCUGGUCAGCUGAUUUCCCAUCAUGCAUAGCCAUUCCAGCUACUCCAAAAUCCCCUACUACUACAACAAAGCCCACUACUACCACCUCUACCAAGACACCCCCAUCCGCGACAACCCCAUCCACAACUAAAGACGGUAAAGCCGGGACAGUUCCCCCUCAACCUGAAAACAAUACUGGAAAAAUUGUGGGUGGUGUUUUCGGAGUUUUCUGUGUUUUGAUAGUCAUUGGUUUUAUCAUCUACAAAUGUAAAAAACGCUCUCGAGGUGGCUACUCAGGAAAUGUGGCCACUAAAACCUCUGAAGACAGAGAGCUGUAGCCUGUACCAUCCGGCUAUGUUCCAAGUCUUCUGCUGUCGCUUAGUCUCCUACUUCUUUGAAUGGAAAAGAGCCAAGUGGAACUGGCUGUUGUCAAGAUCUUGAUUGUACCACCCUCCUGCUUAUGAAUGCAGCAUCGCGUCCUAAACACUAGGAAUGGUAAAUAUCCUUUCACAUGCCUAGGAGGAGUUGCCAUUUCGGGAUGACUUCAAACCUAACAAUGAAGAAUGAAGCUUGUUCCUUAGGAGUGGCCAGACCGUAUUACUCACUAUUCUGUUCCUGGAAUACUGUUUCUUUAUCUGAACCUGUUUAUCUCAUUGCUAGUGUUGUAAUGUUUUUCCAUACUUGCCUUUAGAGCCGCCGUUCACCACAAAGCCAGUUUUGCCACUUCUAAAAUAAAUAAAUGAAAGAAUGUCAUAUCUUUUAAAAUAUCAAAUAUACUCACUGCACAGCAAUGCAGUCGUAUGCAGUGUUUUAACAUUGUCACUUAGGGUCAACACAAUGCUUUGCUGGAGCAGCCUUUCUCAAACUUCCAUUAACCAUCAAAAGCCUGGCAGCCUUUUACUGCUUUAGUAAAAAAGUGAUUUAACACUUUUUUUAAAUUUUUUAUUGAAAACAGCCAUUUUUCUAUAAUGUCUACUAUCUUAACACACUAGUAAUAAAAUGCUCCAUUAAAGCAAUUUCAUUUUCUAUUUUGGGAAACAUUGGAGGGUAUUCAACAAUUGUGCGACCUCAGUUCUUUGUUUUGCCAACUCUUGCCAGUCCCACCCUUAAAGCAGGGAAACUCCUGCUUAGUGAACUCAAAGUCCUGGGACCCCAGUGAGGGACCCUGUUUCCCCUGGACAUUAUGAAACUUCAGAAAACCUUUUAAAGAGCAUCUAAAAUAAAUCAGCACUGACUGCUGCUGUGAGUAGGAUGUACUUACUCUUAUGGUGUUGUAUGGUUGUUCCAUCUAGCUAUAUCAAUGUAUGCACUAAGAAUAAGUUGGGUAAUCGCCACUGCUUAAUGACUAAAAUGUGAAUGUUACGAUACUUUGAAUUUGGCCAUUGACUACUUCAACAAUUUUAAUAACACCUAAAAAAUUUGAUAAACCAAAUUGUAAAUCUGGAGGAUUAGGCCUCUGGUUAGUUAUAACUGAAAUGUGUCAGAAGAUCAUCUAUUUGUGUGUUGAAAAGAAGACACACUUUGCCUCCAUAUGUUUUUUUCCAAAGUACCUUCUAACAUGUCCUACACAAGCGCUGUACAGGAAUAGGGUCAAGAUAAGAUAAUGGCUUAAUGGAAAGUGUCAUUUAAAGCAAAUAGCUCCUACCAUUCGAACGCUAGCAACCGAUUUGUAGAAGCAAGAUUGAAAACACUGUGCAAUCUACUAAAUAAUGAAAUUUGAGGUUCAUUUUAUAGCUGAUUUAUGACGUAAUCUGCACUGUAAUCAAGAAGACUUUCAUUAGUGGAAUCUGCUGCAGACCAGCAGGCAUUUGUCCAUUGACCGGCCACUGAUCCACAGACCUGGGUUUUUUAGAAAAGACAUGCAGGUUGCAGAUUUGUCAAACACUCAUACCCUAGAGCUGGAACAAGAGUUAAAUUACAAUUAGUGGCUUUUACCAAGUUUAGUUUAAUUCAUUAAAUGAAUGCCAAUAGAAACGAUGCAUUAUUCUUGUGUUUUGUAACUGUUUAAGGGAUACAGGCUUCUGGCUCAUUAUCCAGCUUUGGAAUCUUUAUUUGGACUUCUAGCAUGAUUGUAUUAUUUUGUAUUUAUACUAUAUUUAAAAUGCUUUUCUUUUGAGAAAAACAGUAAAAAGAUUACAAAUUACAAUGGUCUAAUGUGUUGUUACCAGAGAGAAAUCAUGAGUCCAUGUUUUCCAAUGAAACUGUCACUUGAGUCAGAUAAUUUAACAUAAAUCAUUCCAAACAAUUGAAACGCGGACUUCAGUUCAGGGCAAGAGUUUCUAACAAGAUCCAUAGGUCUUGGUUGAUCUAGAAGGAGAACCUUCGAUGUGAAAUGUGCUGGGUUCUACUUUAUGCCUUAUCAAUGGAAAAUACCAAACAUUCUGCAGUUUUUCACUUGAUUUAUUUCGUAUUAUAUUUGUAUUUACAUUUUCCACUGACCCUUUUUGUUAAUUGCUUGGUCUCAUUCUAGCUGUCCUUGCAACAGAAUAAAUCUGUAAUUUGUUGUGAGAUCUAAUGGCACUUCUGUACAUAUCAAGUCUUCUUGAAACCAGGUUGUUAUUUAGAACAAUACAAUGUGUGAGGAAGAAAAUAAUUGAAAUUGGAUGUAUAUAUUUUUAGUAACAAUAUACUUUACUAAAUAUGCAUUUAUAAAAAUAAAUGCAAGUACAUUCAUACUGAUUUUUAUUAGUUAUGUUUUUAAAAUAUGUAAUCUUUCAUUGUAUUGACAACACCACUAAGAGGAGCACUUUGAUUUAAAUGAAGUAUUAAUGAAAGAAUGAAGAGUUAUAUUGCAGAUCUCACCAGUGGAACGGUAAUGCUGUACUUGCCUUUGGUUUCUGUCUGUUCAGCUAUCAAUGUGGAAUAUUUGACUUUAUGGCUUAUGUUGUGGUUAGAUCAUAUUUUUUUUCCCAGUCUGAAUUGUAAUCUUUAAAAUUAAACUGCAGUCAUUUACAGAUUAACUUUUACAAAAGGUUGUUAUUGCUCAUAUCUGUUGUAUUUGGGUUACUGCACUAAUGUCCAUAUUAUAGUAACAGUAUUUAGUUUUUAGACCUAAUUAAUGAAUGCACACCUCAGAAGUAUGUUGUCUUAAACUGAGACUGCUGUGGUUGCAUAUUGUUUUAUUGCUGAAGAGAAGAACUCUUCUCUUACAUAAAUCAAAUGUUUUAAAGAACGCUAGUAGAGAUUUCACAUGAAAAACACGUUUUCAACCUGUUUCAGUGUAAAAGUGAUUUCCUAUGGAGAUAUCAUAUGUAGCGUUCUUUUUGAAUGGUCACACUGGUACUCUUUGAUAAGACCACCAGGACAACUCUUCUCAAGUUUGCAUUCACUUUUCAAAAGUUUGAUGACAGGAGAAUAUUCUCCUUAGGCACUGCUACAUAAACAUUGUUUUAAAGAUCUCAUGCCCCAGCUUUCAGACAAUCGUGUGUGUGUGUGUGUGUGAUUCUUUUUGUGUUGAUCAGGGACAACACUUCCUAAUUAGAUCCAUCAUGAUAUGAUCACAAUAAAGCACCAUAAACAUGGCCAUAGACCUGCCAUAGAAAUUUU